UAAACAUGCACUGAACAGAGGGCGUGAUCUUUCUUGGUGGAAUAGCCAAUCACAAUCCCGUUUAGAAGUGAACUUGAUAGACCUACAAAAAAAUAUUGGAGCAGAUUCCCGAUUGCACACACAGUGCAGUAAUAAUUAUAUAAACUGUGGUGUUCCGGGACCCUAGAUACUGAUGCUGUGAUUUCAGCGAUGCCUGCGGGUCCGCUUGACCAGGAUAGUUUUUACCAAAACACACCAAUCCACACACCAGACAGAAUCUUGGGAAAUGAAUCCUCCAGCAGCCUGCUGAAAUCCAUUAAGGCACAGGAAGCCCAAUUUAAACGAAUAACUCAGGAAUUAAAGACUGAGCAAGGAAACCACAGACAGUAUAUAGCAGGCACGGGUAGCAUGACUAGUUUUAACACAACUGAAGAUUCUCUUCCCUGGCAAAGCCCACGCUAUCUCACCAAUUCCAGAAUUGAAGAUGACAGCUUUGUGUCACCAAAAAUGAAUUCCCAUCUCCUGGACUCCUGUAUGAGAGAGCUAGAAGACAGGGGUACAUUUGGUGCUGACAACAUGGAUUUUGAUAAUUUCGCACAUGAGAAUUCAUAUGGGGGUCAUGACCCCGGUAUGUAUAGCAGUGAUCCUUAUGGACAUAGCUAUUCUCCACACCUCCCUAAUGGAGGGCAGUAUUAUCAGGACGAACGGUCCCCCCAUGGAUCCAGGGUGUCUCUUCAAAGUGGCGAUGGCCAUAGAAACCUGUCCAGAAUGGAUAACAAGCAUGUGGGUCCAGGUUCCAUGGGAUCCCUCCAUCGACAGGAACCGCCCCAGGAUAACUAUGCUUCCUACUCUUCCCUGACUCGCCCACCAUACGAAGAGGACCCCCAGGGAUCGCCACGGGGCCCCACUACCCCUAUAAGGUUUAAUGGCUAUCAGGACCCGCCCUACAGUAGCGGUGGUCGUUACAGUGUGGCGUCCAAUGAUAGCUUACGCAGAGCUGACCCAUACAGCAUUUAUGAUCCUAGGGAUGGUCCGCCACGAAGCCGAGGCAGUUAUGAUCAGUCUCCUCCAUACGGCAGUAACCAGCACAUCUCCCAGGACCCUAGAUACGCAGAUCACCCUGCAAAUGAUCAUUAUGGUGAUCUCCCUGGUAAUGAUCGUUAUGGUGAUCUCCCUGGUAAUGAUCGUUAUGGUGAUCUCCCUGGUAAUGAUCGUUAUGGUGAUCUUCCUAGUAAUGAUCAUUAUGGUGACCAACCUGGACAUGAUCCGUACGGUGAUCAUCCAAGUAACGAUCGCUUUAGCGACCCCCACAACGACUCCCGUGUCAGUGAUUCUUUUUAUAGAGACUCUCCAGACAGGAAUGACUUGUAUCCAAGAAAUGGGCCUCAUCAUGACAACUACCAGGAUUUCCCCCCAGAGGAGGGGCGCCUCCAUGACCCAUCAUAUAUCGAUGAUAGGUACAAAGGAUACCCUGAUGAACCAGGGAAUUACCGGGAAUCACCAGAUCCUAGGUCCCAGGGUUACAGAGAUGAAGGGCCCCCUGAGGACAAGUUCCACAGCAUGUCUCUAAAUGAUCCUCCUGGCAACUAUCCUCCCAACCAUAGCUACCUUGACAUCCCACAGAACCAGAGCUUUGACCAACGGGGACCGAUGGAUCGCUAUGGAGAGGGGGGUCAUGGGCCAGGGGAUCGCUAUGGAGAUGUAGAUCAUGGGCCAGAGGAUCGCUAUGGAGAUGUUGAUCGUGGGCCAGGAGAUCGCUAUGGAGAUGGGAACCCAGGGUUAGGGGAUCGUUAUGGAGAUGAGCAGCCAACAUUCGGUGAUUAUGAUGAUCAGCCAUACAGAAAACAUGAGGGACUUCCCCCAGUUCACAGCGACCCAUUCGCAGAUGAUCCCUUCCAACAGCAGCAGAUGCAGAGAAGUCGCACACCAACCUCAGUUCAUGAUCAGUAUGAUUCAAACCCUAACUUGAGAUAUGUGCCCCAAGAUGAAUUUGACCCCUACGACGGUCACCAUGGUGAUUAUGCACCAAUGAUGGCCCAGAAUUUGGAGUCACACCCUGACUUUGAUCAGUCUAACAUGAGUGGCCACAAUGAUCACCCACCCAUGCGUUACGAUGAUCGCUAUAGUAAUGAUGGACGUGGUACUCCACAAAGAGGAAUGUACGAUGACAAUAUCUGUCGAUCAGAAAAUGUUCUCGUCAAUGCACCAUCCAGGGAUCACUUCUCUGAUGGUCGUCACACACCUUCUGUCCAGGGAGACGGAAAUAGCUGGCGGCCUCCUGAUCUACAGGAAGUGAUUGAUUAUUUGAGCCACCCCAACAAACAGGUCAAGGCCAAUGCUGCUGCUUACCUACAACACCUUUGUUAUACUGACCAAGACAUCAAGGUCAAAACCAGGGGUCUGGACGGAAUUCCCCCACUGGUGGAGUUACUACACAGUGAUUAUCCUGAGGUUCAAAAGAAUGCCUGUGGAGCUCUGAAAAAUCUUUCAUAUGGCCGUGGCCCUGCGGGGACAGACAACAAGAAAGCAAUAGCGAAUGCUGGUGGAAUCACAGAACUCAUUCGACUGAUACGUAAAGAAUGUGAGGAGGAAAUCAAGGAACUGGUGACAGGAAUAUUGUGGAACCUGUCUUCAUGUGAGGAGCUGAAGCCAAAUAUCAUCGCUGAGGGUUUGCCUGACAUCGUUAAUCAUGUCAUCAUUCCAUAUUCGGGACAUGAUCGACGCAAGAUGAUUUCUUAUGAACCUUGGACAACGGUUUACAAAAAUGCUACGGGAAUCAUUAGGAAUCUGAGCUCAGCCAAUAAAGAUGAUGAACAAAGAGGAUAUGAUACGAGGAACAAAUUACGCGAGAGUAGUCGCUUAGUGACCUGUUUAAUUUACACUCUCAAAAUCUCCAAAGACAAUCGAGAUCGUGAAAAUAAAAUUGUGGAGAACUGUAUGUGUGCUUUACGGAAUCUCUCCUUCAGAAUUCAGGAAGUAACGGAACAGGAUUUCUACAGAAAGCGUACGGAGACGUUAAAACGCAGACAGCAGCCAGACAAGGAAACGACGGGUUGCUUUGGUGGAGGAGGAAACAAGAAGAAAGGAGCUGCAGCCAAAAAAGGAAAACCUGACCUGAAUCAAAAUGCCGAGAGGCAUCUUCCACCAGGAGCACAAGAAUUCCAGGGUUUAUGGCAGCAAGAAACAGUGACACUGUAUCUAGACAUCUUAAAGGAGAGUUCUAACCCAGUAACUGUAGAGGCAGCUGUAGGAGCCAUCCAGAACCUCACCGCAUGCUACUGGAAGUUUGCGGAUGAUGCCAGAGCUCUGGUCAGGAUUGAGAAAGGCCUUCCAUCACUGGUAGAUUUACUGGGUCAAGAUCGAGAUGAUCUGGUGUGUCAUGCCGCCCUUGCACUACGCAACCUUGCCAUAGACGAAAGGAAUAAGGAACUAAUAGGUAAAUAUGCCUUGAAACCGAUCAUCAACACCUUACCCCAGGAGAAACAGAAAGAAAAUGUUCCAGAUAAAACAAUAUGUGCUGCAGUGGCUCUGCUGCACGAACUGCUGAAAAACAGUGUGGAUUUUGCUCAAAUGUUUGUGAAAGAAAAGGGCAUUCCAAGGUUAAAGUUUGUCAAGUUUGCUCCUGGGAAAUUUUUAAAGAAGACCAAGGACCACACCCAGAGACUGUUGGAGAACUUGUGGGAAUUCAAAUCUCUACACGGAGAGUUGACGGUGAACGGCCUGACUGAACAAGAUGUAAAGACACCCCCUACAGCCAGCAGACCACCAGACAAGGGGGCCACACCUUACAACACACCUUACAGCACGAUGAGCCGAGGUAUGGAGAGUCAUGGUUAUGAUGACAACACACUGUCUCCGGGACGACCAAUGAACAAACCAUACCAACCGUCCAAUGGAGGAUAUCACAGCAUGGUACAGGGCCAUAGCAACCCAGCCAUGAAUGUAGAAGAGCCAUAUCCCUAUGAUGACAGAAUGCGGGGUGAUGAUAUCCCAAUGAGAGACAUUGGUUAUGCCCCUUUAGAUGAUGACAGAAGGGAAAGGAAAACACCUGUAGGGGGCGUUCCUCUGUUCCCUGGAUUACAGCCGCAACAGCAAGCACAGCCUCAGCCCAUGGCACCUGGAGGGGAACCUUUAUAUGCUCAAGUCAAUAAAAACAAACGCAGAGAUGAUCUAGGUCAUGGUUAUCAAGUGAACCUGGGGGAACCAGGUAGUCCACCAGGGGGCGCUGAUUCCUGGGUAUAGUGACCACUAAGGGUGUUGAAUCCCGAGUUUAGAGACCAUAAGUGAUAGGGAAAUGUAAUGUUGCAUACCGAACAGUCAAUUGUAUGUAAUGGAGGAACACAGAGUGGUGAUUAUACCAGAGGUUGUGGAGCACUGGUGUUGUGAUUCUUAAAGGUUGUAAUAAUCAGAAGGUUGUGAUUGGAGGUUAUGCAAUUAGAAGACAAAAUUUUGUGAAUUUUGACGGAAUUUAUUCAGUGAGAGAACCUUUGGAGAAUGCACUAUAUCCAUAGAGAAUGUAGUUUGGUGUUUGGACCUCCGUUGUCUGUGGGCGAGAACUUUAUUAAUGCCCAUCUAAACAUCUGUGGAACUUCUGAAAGCCCACAUACCACUGGGCCGUGAACUCUUCUAAGCCCUGUAUUGUGGUGGUCUCGGUGACGUGAGACAGUGUGAGAAUUCUGUCGGGGUGAAUGUCCAUUGAGGUGACAGUUGUUGUGUAGUGAUAUCCAUUAAACUUCUGAGAUCGGACUUCGGUAGUGACACGUAGGCCACCUGAUAUUAUGGACACUUUGGGGGCACUUGUCCUCGUCUUAAUUUAUUAGAAACAACAUUCCUUUUAACGUAUAUUGACAACUUAUUACUUUUUCAUAAUAUGGCUAGCCUUGUUGGUUCCAAAGAGUUUUAUCCCGUUUAUUAAUGUUUACACUAUAUUCUAAUUUAGCUGAUAUAUUUUUUCGUCAGCUUUUCAAGAUAUUUUGUAGAUGAUCAUGAGUAUUUGUACAUACACAGAAGUCAUAUGUACCAAAUAUCAUUUACCAUUGAUUUACCAUUAAUUUACCAUUUUUAAUGUUUCACCUGAUAUUUACCUCAUACUCCGUCUAUGAACAAAUACAAGCUAUGUAUCCGCCGCUGUCUACAUUAGUCAAUAACAAAGCAUUCCACUAGGUGUUACUUAUAGUCACCCAUUAUAUCAAUACAUAUAGUAACAGUCAUGCAAAGCAUGCACACAUCUUGUACAUCACCUUCAGCCCGAUGUAUUUAUUGCCAUGCAUCUUGUACAUCGCCUUCAGCCCGAUGUAUUUAUUGCCGUAUAUAUUCUCAGUAAUUGGGCAUUAAAGUGGAAAAGUAGGCAAUUCUUUCGCAACAUUUUGAUGCAGUUUUUGCAAACAUAUACACUUCAAUAUUCAGCUCAUUUAGUUAUCGUUUUCAGACAGUCUAGGUUGGCAUUACGAAUUGCUAACCAUCGAUAAGCAGUUUAGCUGCUACACAUCGCAAGAAUCAGUCUUCUUUUUUUUUCAUUGUUAUGAUGUAAGCAUGCAUUUAGGUGUUUAUUUUUCAGAAUAAAGGUUAUAUCUGUGCAUCAUAAUAAAAAUCAAACCAGAAUUAGAUUAUGUAUCAUCGCUAUUCAUUUUUUUAUUAUAUAAAAAUAAAAAUUUUACAAGAUUA